GGAGUGUUAUGAAGCCAGUCUGUUGGUUUAGAGUCGCUCCUGAAUGAAAUUACGUAUAAUUGAAUGAGUUUCUACGAUACGGAGGAGGCUGAUCGGCUUCCAACAGCAUCCGGGCCUGAGGAAGCCAAAAAUUAUGUCAGCAAUCAAGAUUGCCCUGGAGCAGAGCCAGAAGAAGAGCAGAAGGAAAACCUCUGAAGCAAUGUUUGCAGAUGUGUCGCCGAACUCCAAAUGUCCCAUCUGUUUGGACACAUUUCACAACAUUUCUUACCUGGACGUCUGCCUGCACAAGUUCUGUUUCCGCUGUAUUCAUGAGUGGUCCAAGAACAAAGCCGAGUGCCCUCUAUGCAAACAGUCCUUUAAUUCAAUCUAUCACACUAUAAAAUCAGAACAAGACUUUAAGAAGUAUGACCUGCAGCCGGUGGAGAAUGCCUCUUUUGGGACGUUUGGUGGAGUACGGUUUAGAUACCGCACAACUCUUACCGGAGUCCAUCGACAGAUGCGGGGAAGGACCUCUCCACCUUUAGACAACGGAGUAAUGUUUGAGGCCUCAGCAAGCGCUCCCCAACAAUCACAGGACCGCUACAUCCGGCAGAUGAUGAUGAGGCUGGCCGCUCAGAGAAGAGCUGCGAGUGAAGGCAGGGCAGUGAACAGUCUCAGAGAGCAGGAAAUGGUGAACUUCAGGAGGGAACUGUAUCGACGGGGGGUGAAGAUUCGGAGUGUCCGUGAUGGUGGCCGCUCCCGAGAAACCUCGGCAGAGUUCUUCCGAAGAAAUCCUGCUUGCCUGCAUAGACUGAUCCCCUGGGUAAAAAGAGAACUGAUUGUGCUUUACGGAGCCCAUGGCUCUUUGGUCAACAUAGUUCAACACAUCAUCAUGUCGCGCAUUACACGUUUUGAUAUGGAGGAUGGAGCUAUUCAAGAAGAGCUGAGGCCGUUCCUCCAGGGGCGUACAGAGCACUUUCUGCAUGAGUUUAUUAGCUUUGCAAAGUCUCCCUUCAAUAUGGAAGCCUAUGACCAGCAUGCUGCCUAUGACUGCCCACCCACUUUUUCAAAUGAAGACAGCAGCUCCAGUUCGUCUGUAAUAGCUAUCUCAGAGGCUGACGAACACUCAGUGGAUUUGAACCCCCCAGGAGACUCCGCGUCUUCGCUAAGCCACUCUAUGUGGGAUGAUGAGACGCCUGGGCCAUCCUAUUCUACGACGGCAGAGCAGGGCAGGGUAGAGUGUCUCUCGGUCCUCGACUCAGACUCGGACAGCAGUUUAGAGGAGGAGACAGACAAGACUCAGGCUGAAGUUAACAAUGAAGAGUGUCUGUCCUAUGACAGCGAUGACUGUGUCAUUAUACAUUUUUUUAAGCCAACAUCAGAGAGGACUCCGGAGCUGGUUCAGCUGUCCUCUGACUCUGACGAGUCUGCCAGUGAAGAUAUUAAAGCAGUGCCUCUUCUACCUCAACACAUCCGCUUCUCUAGCCUCAGUCCUCAGGCAUCACAGAGUAGUGAUCCGAGUGGUGCUGGACAGUCGGAACAUAUAGAAACUGACCAGUCUCAUCAGUUGGAUUCAAAAGAAAGAUGUAGCUCUUCAGCAUCUAGCAGACACAAGACAUCCAGUAAGUCAGACAAAAAAGACAGAUCAAGGGAGAGGCACUUGUCAACAGACAGGGACCAUCGGCGAAAGAGGAGGUCCAGAAGUGCAGAGCUCAGGCAAUCCAGCAGGAGCCCGGAGAUUUCCCACAUCAGUGUCGGCACAUUAUCCAGAGAAGGAGGUUAUUCAUACUCGAGUGGAAGAGACUACUCAAAAUGUGAUGACAAUUACAGGAAGAGAGACCGUGAUCACAGCUAUCAGUCAUAUCAGCAUUACAGCCAAGAGAGAAAUGAUAGUGGGAUGCAUUAUACAGAGAGGCGGUCCGACUAUUACAGCAGCCGCAAGUACACGGAUCGUCACUCUAGCUCCAGGAGCCGCAGCAGGGACAGGCGUAGACGGGACAGACAUUCUCGUUCUAGGACUUAUUCCAGCAGUCGCUCCCCUUCGAUGAAAAAGAGAUCUCACAACAACAAGCCUGGUGGAAAGAGGAAGUACAAAACCAGGCAUUUGGAGGAAACAUCCCAAAACGCUCUUUCAAACUCCAACGCUGAAGGUGACGCCCCCAUUUUAUCCACAAAACACAAGAAAAAGAGCAAAGAGAAGCGUCGUAAAAAAUCCAAAGACAGGUCAAGGAAGACGAGCAGGAGCCUUAGUGUAGAGCUCGUUAACGAGGAAAUCUCUCACGAGCGAAGCAAGCGUCACCAUAAGAAGAAGAAGAAACAAAAGAAGAAAAGCAAAAGGCACAAGAGUGAUGAACGCACGGAAAAGCAGUCGCCCACGGUCAUCACCAUUGACAGUGACAGCGAAUCGUUUGCAAGCGACACUGAACCAUGCCAGCAGCACUUACAAUGACCACCCCAUCAACAGGACCACAGGUGGCACAUUUGACGACGCCCCUCUGGACUCUGUGGAGUAGUUUUAUGAAAGUUCAGAUUCCCGAUAGUGAGGUGGAAACCCAUGGAUCCACCCAUCUGCGGCUAAUGGCUUCAUUAUGUUGAAGAUCACCAGACCUUGAAGGAUCUGUUGAAUAAACGUGUCUUUAAAUGCCACCUCAAGUGAUUUCUAUGGGCACAGUUCAUUGCAUGAUGGAACACAUCACUGCGCCAACACCUAAACACCUAAAACAAUUAUAUUUUAUCUGCAAAGUGCCACUAGGAACAAGGCAGACAUCUUUUUGAGUGUCAAUUCUUAUUCAUAAUUUAGUUUAAUAGAUGUUUUUUAUUUAUUUUUAUGGUACUCUCAGGGAUGGUAUUGAUUACAGUGAUCCUUUUUUGUGUUCAUUACAAGUUAGCAAUCUUUUUUAGACAACUAUUUCUUCCUGCUGCACACACACAGUAGUAGUUAUCCGCCGAUGGUGUUUGGAUUUUUGAAUGGACUCUUUUAUGUCGUGAAAUUUAUUUCAAAUAAAUUGUAAUGAGUAUGCUCUUCGUUUUCUGAAAACAAAGUAAAUUACUGUACAUUUCUUUGUAUAGAUCACAAAUAUGAGGAAUGAUCAUAAUUAAGCAUAAACAUUCUGUAAUCUCAAACCUUGUAUGUGGUAUAUGCCCCUCUCAAAAUAAAGCUGUUGCUAUAUAAUUCA